AAAGAGAUCUUUGUGUGCCGUUCUAUUCACAAUCAACAACAUCUGACUGCGAAUUUUGAACAAAAUUGUGGUUACCCAACGAGAGGUAAUAAAGGGGAAUAGAGUGAAUGAAUUUUUAAGAAACUCCGCGGCUGGAGACGAACAAUGUCCUUUUGCAGGAUAACAGGAAGAAGCAGGGGCCUCCCUAAGCCAAAUUACUUCCCUCUUUUACCGCCGAUCAGCCCAGCUGAUGCGAGACGUUUCUGUCGGAUCACCGGGAAAUCGUACGGUCUGCCUACUCAUCAUUACAUUCCAGUCUUAUUGGGUAUUCACAGCCACGACAAAUCGAAAUGCAAGAUAACGAAUGCUUCCGGUCUAGGACCGCAUCAUUAUACAGCUGGCUUCGUCCUGGGCGAGAAGAAGAAACACGUGAUCCUCAAGGACUACCGUUACGUGUUCCCAGUCCUGGAAGGAGAAGGGGAACAGCAAAAAGCUCUGAGAGAUUUAUUAAGCAAGAAACAACCUCUCGUCGAGGAGGAACAGACAAAAUUCGUGUACACGGUAGAAGAAAGAAGAUGCAGCCUGGUAUUUCCAUCCAGAUUGGAGGCUGCGGUCAGAGACGGGGACGUGAAGGACGUGAUGUUGUCCAGGGACUGCGACACAGUUUUGUUCAGGCUGAAACAAGGGAAAAACGUUUCGAUUGAUUUCAAGAAUCUAGAAGACUUUGAGAAUCUUUACGAUGGGCUUGGACCGAGUCAGGAGGUGGUGAAGGAAAGGGAGAGACUGGAAGCUGAGGCUAAGCGACGCAAGAGAAAACGACAGGCUGGUUUAAGUUAUGCCAAGAGGAUUUUCGAGGAGAAAGAGAGGGCCGCCGAGGAAGAGGAGCUAAGACAGACGAAGCAGUUAAAGCUUCGAAGCGUCAAGGAAGAAACGCAGGAAGAAAUGAAAGAAGAAACAUGGAAGAAUGUGAAUUUGAAACAGGCUAGAACCAGAGCGUGUAACUUCAUCUCUGUGACGAAACCUUUGAAAGGUGCGGAGAAGUCUCUGCCAGAGACUUUGGACUGGAACUCGUUCCAGGAUACUAAUGAACCAUCCAUGCAACCAAUCGUCGACAAAUUACCCACUCCUAUCAAAGUGGAGCCUCAGAUUGUCGAACAAAGUGCUACUACGUCGUGCACCAGCCCUAUCUCGGAGAGCACGGGAGGAUUCGAGGCGAUAUCAAUCGUGAAGCCAUUGACGCCGCUGAAAAUAGAAUCCGACGCUGCUCUACAGUCUGCCAUACGAGAUAUUCCAGCGAGCGGCUUGAAAGAGGUGUCCAAUGUAAACAUGAAGCUCCUGCAAGCAGGUGAGGAGGCAAUAGAGCAGCUGCCAAGAGUGGAAGAGAUUCCAGAGUUGGUGCAGAAACUGAGCAAGGGUAAGGUGACAACUCAACACAACGUUAAAGGUCUGAAAUUAGACAUAAAGUCCGCGCAGAGAUUUAUCACCGGCCAGACAGUGCAGACGCCGAACGGACCUAUUUUUGUACCUGGCCAGACGCUGCAAACACCUCAGGGUCCUGCGUUCGUUCCUGGCUUAACCGUGAACACUCCUGACGGUCCUCUCCUCGUUGCUGGACAGAUAUUCAACUUGAACGAGCAAGAUAACAGAGAAACACCUGUAUUUAUAGCUGGACAAACGUUGGCCACGGAACAGGGUCAUCGAUUCCUUCAGGGUCAAACUUUCCACACUGACGAUGGAGCCAGAUUUGUUCAAGGUCAAACCGUUCUUACAGACGACGGUCCAAAAUUCGUCGCCGGUCAAGUGACUAAAGAUGGAACUUUCAUUCCUGGUCAAACCAUUCUCACUCCUGACGGACCUCGAUUUAUGCCUGGUCAAACUAUCACUGAUAAUCAUGGAGAACAGAUAUUUGUCCCAGGACAGAGUGUACGGAUGAAUGAAACCUGGGAAUUCAUUCCUGGACAGUCGAUCGAAACUCUGACUGGAGAAAUGAAGUUCGUUUCAGGUCAGACGAUUCCAACUUGUCAGGGAUUACAAUUUGUACCGGGACAGUACGUGGUUUCGAAUUCUGGAGAGAAUUACUUUAUGCCUGGUAUAGUUAAAGAUACUGAGAAUGGUUCGACGUUCGUUCCUGGUAUGACUUUGGAUACUCCGAAAGGGCAAAAGUUCGUAGAAGGCCAAGUAGUAAGAACACCAAUGGGUGAGAAAUUCCUUCCAGGAAGAACUAGAAUCACAGAUAAGGGAAUCGAGUUUGCUGCAGCUAGUACGUUUGACGAGGUUGUGUUUUACGAUGCUGGACCUGUCGGUAUGCCGGUUGACCCAAAGACUGCCAACGUUUCCAUUCAGCAGAGCGAAAUCUUCGGUCACAUGGUACAAACUGAGAAAGGAGUUGAAUUCUUCCCAGAGGGUGAGAAAAAAUUACCAGAAGGAAAAAGGAUAGUUCCAGGCCAAUUAGUCAGGGGAGGAAAAGAUGGGCCUCGAUUCGUGCCUGGUGUGAUGACAGAGGAUGGUUUCCUGCCUGGUCAGAUAGUGAUGACAGAGAAAGGUGAACAGUUCGUUCCAGGUCAAGUGAUCGACACUAGUACUGGUCCUAAAUUCGUUCCUGGCCAACUGGUAGAGACUAGAACAGGCACAAAAUUCGUUCCUGGUCAAACCGUGGAGACUGCAGAUGGACCACGUUUCGUACCAGGUCAAAUCGUCGAGACCAAAGCUGGUCCCACUUUUAUUCCCGGUCAGGUAAUUUCCACCGACGAUGAAGAUUCUAGAUUCGUACCUGGACAAGUGGUAGAUACAUCUGAUGGACCAAGAUUCGUACCAGGUCGUGUCGUAGAGUCUGGAGAACUGGGAGUGACCUUUGUACCUGGCCAGAUAGUUCAGACCGAAGAAGGACCGCGUUUCGUAGCUCCAGAUCUAACUGACACGCCUGAAGGAGAAUUAGAAUUCUCUGUUCAAGGAUUCGAGGUCACCCCCGAGGAAUUAAAAUUAUUGAGGCCGCAGAAUUUACAUUAUAAUCCUCACGUUCAGCAUCAGGGAGAAACCAGCAUAGAUGCAAGGAUGCUUAGACAGUUAUCAGAAGCUGGUCUAUCUGUAGGGAGAAAAGUGACCACAGAUUUACCAGCUGUGGACGUGGAUAUAGAUCCAAAGGCGGUGGCUUUGGAACAUGCUCUUGUAAUGGCGGAGAAGCUCGGUUUACAUGGUACCACUGCAGUGAAGAUGGCGCAAAUAGUGUCAACUGUUGCUCAGCUAGCGAAAAACAUUGUGAUUCAACAGGAACAACAACUGGAGGAAAAUUAUAUCGAAACAAAGUUUAUGAAUGGUGCAAAGUCUCCUGUUAUAAACGAUAAUAACAGAAAUGAAGAAGGACAAGAGAACGAUGGGAAUGAUUAUUGGUUAAAAGACGCAGUGAAGAUAGCAAUGACAAGCGCCGUUCUGGCAAUUAUGAGUCACUCUAUGGAAAAUGGUAACGACUCUAAGCAAGAUUUCAUUUAUUCAUCCAUUAGCGAAGCAUUCAAUGUCCUUUUACGUCAAAGAAGUAGCAGUGUCGAGCAAUCUGUGGAAGAAAUCCUGCAGAUACUUCUAGUCCCCCAGAAUCGAAGUAACUUGUGUCAGUCUGCUCUGUUAGAUUUACUAGAGAGUAAAAAUAAUAAAGUGAACAUUUUAAAAUCCACCGUAGGCAGUCAGUCUCUGAAGGAAGACGUAGUCCUCGACAGAUUAUCCAUGGUCCUCGAGGAAGAACACGGUACGGAUUUAAUCGGUUCAGCUUUCAGGACAGUCUCGAAAAACGAUCCAGAACUGGUCUCUCGAGUUCUCCAAAAGGUAUCCGAAGAAGUUUCCACUAUCGUUACCGAAAAAGAAGCAGCCGAGACCGUUCACAAGGCCAUCAUCCAGGCAGUUAGAGAAUCGAGCGAAAUUCACGUGCAAGAAUUGUUAAACGACGAGGGGGGCAACGUUCGAGAGAUGCUUCUGCAAGCUGUAGGAUUAGCCAGAGCUUUAGGUAUGUCUAACAUUGCCAGCACUCUACUGACAGUGAUCAGCGAUGAAAAAUCAACACAAGUCCUAGCCGGUGAUAGGGUAACGUUAGACGUAUUGAAACGACUGACAGUGAUGAGAAAAUUAGCCGAAGAACGGCCACCGUUCAUGAACGCUUUAACGCAGUUAUGCAGCGAUCCAGAAUUGGCGCGGACUGAUCCACGAUUGAGGACUCUCGUUAGAGAAAGCGCAGCUCUAAUGAUUGUACCCGAAGAAGGUCCUCUCCAAUCGUCAACUGACGUACCGUCGAUUCUGCUUCAGUCUGACAAUAGUUUAGCCAUGGAAGAAUUCCUUUUGAGAAGAAACCACAGGCCAUCCACGAUUUUUAUGAUUCUGAAGCAAGGUAUGCAAGCCGUGGUGCCCAGAGAAGCUUCUAGGUCUGUUCUAACCGGAGAAGUGGCCUACACAGUUCUUGACGAGGAUGGAAUCCAUCAUUUUGAACCACUCCACGUUUUCUCCGCGCUUCAACUCGCUCGUCCAACCACCCAUCGAUUUUCUAUGUACUGUUGCCCCGUUGCGAAGGAAGAAGACGUGGACGUUGAAAUGUCCACGUUCACGGGAACCACCUCGAUGGCUAGUAGCCUUGACGGAUCUGGUACUGGGACUUAUCAGAGACAAGAAUGUAAUGGUAUUGUGUUGUCGAAGUCUGAUAAGUCGUUUGGACAGUCCGGCAGCAGGGAGAACACGCCGAGUUUGAGGAGAUUGAGCAACUUUCAAGAUAAUUACUUCGAACGGAAAUCAUUGGACAACUACAUCGUGGUGAAGGAUUAUAAAAACGAGACCGAUGGAUUCUCCGUGAACGUUGGCGACAUCGUCGAGGCGCUCGAAUACGCCGAUCCAGCCAAAAAGAUCAAGCUGGAUCCUGAUUUGGAUAUCGGCGGUGAGAUUGGCGAAACGUUGGACAAUUCUGCUGCCUGGCACAAACUGUCGGUUCGACCGCGUCGAAAAUACGCAGAUCCCCGUGCUAGAAGCAUCCCGAGGUCCUCCUCGGACAGCAGCUUCCAGAGAGUGUAUGUUCGUACAGCUGAUUCAAGAGAAGGAUGGCUGCCCAUGUCCAUUUUGAUGCAAACGGCCCUCAGCGAGGACUCGGCACUUGGUCAUCGGCCGGAAGACUCUCAAUACCGACGAGAAGCUGUAGUGAAAGAACUAGUGGAAACCGAGGAAGAAUUUGGCAGAGACCUUCAACAGGUCGUUGAACGUUACUUGAAACCCCUCGACAAUCCAGAUGUUCCACGGAUCGUACGUGACAACAAAGACAUCAUCUUCACGAACCUGAAACAGAUUGCCGACUUCCACAACACGUACGUAUAUUGGAUGAGACCAAGAAGAGAAAUUCACUGCGACACAAUCCAUUGGACAUUGGAAGACUCCACACGGAACAUGAUUUUUUUCCCACGAAAAACUUCCACAGUGUAUCAAUUUGUUAAUUUGUUGUUGUCCAAGUAGAUGACACGUGUUAUUCGAGCAAACCAUUCACAAACAACAGCAACAAAUCACGACUAUUCUUUAUUAGAAUCAAAGCGAAAAGAAAAACAUGCACGCCAUACAUGGUCACUAUUAAAUUUCACAUCGAGCACAUUACUUUCUCUUUAGUAAAACGCGUGAGCAACGUAAGUCUGAUAACGACUGUGUGAUCGUGUGUUUCGUGGUAUUUAACUGGUAUUGCUUUUUCAAAAGUUUUGUGCGCCUUCCAUGUCGUUGUUUUCUAAGCACGCUUCGAUUGACUCUGCCGAAGGUAAAUUCAUUCUUCUAAACGUAUAUUUUAUCAUAGAAAUGUGUUAUUGUAAAAAUGUGCAGUAUUCUGCUUGAACCAACUUCUCAGUAGAAUACUCUGUACAUGAUCAGACUAUGUAAGGAAGAAUGAUUUCACUGGACGGCUGUCUUUAAUCACAGCGUUUCUUGUUAAAAAAUAUUUGAUUUUUAUCCCUAUCAGCCCAGUUAGAAAAUCAAAUAUGCCCCGUCCCAAUAUUAAUUAAUCAUAAUUUCACGACCUUCCACUGGACGUAAUUCUUCGUGGAUUAAUCAGCGUAGAAGAAAUUGGCAUAUUAUAUCAUCGUAACUUAAUAUCAUCGUUGCACUGAAACCUAUAUGUCGCACUGAAAAAAAGAAGUCAAGAAGGAUACAGCCUUCAGCACGUAGGCAUGGUGUGUUUUCAGCAUGAGAAAUAAUCAGUAUCUUACUUAGAUCGUUCGGCAGGGUGUUGAUCGAGGGUGUUAAGUACUAUGCGGAUCAACCACGUAUGCUGGGGAAAACUUUCCUACGAUUGGUGAGUCCUAACAAGUCUCGAGAUAUUAAUUUCAAUCCUAUUCGAAUUCCCCUCGAAUUCUUUCAUAUUCUCAAUCUCGUGGUUUCAGGAAAGGGACUUCGACAAACAUGUGGCCUACUGUAGGGACGAGCCAGCGGCCCAGGAGUUCCUUCAGAUGAACGACGCGGUACGAGAGUACUUUGAGGUGAGUCACUAAUCGUCCCUAUUAAAGUAGCCCUGUACUAAUAAAAUAAUUUUGAUUAUUAGAUG